AUGGGGCGUACAGUGUUUAUUGAAACAUCAAUAUUAAAUGAGCAAUUGUCUGUCAUAUCACCAAAUAGUUUUACAUUUGGUUUAUUAUGUGGUCAAUUAACAAAUCAAGAGAAAGAUUAUAUUCAUUUUAUUGUUGAUAUAACCAAAGAUUUGGGUACGCCAUUGGAUGUGAAUAGUUUUGAUACAAUUUUUGGAAAAUCAAAUAAAAAAUUACAGGAAAAAAUUCCUGAAUUAACAACAAAUCUUUGUGCGGGUGUAACAAUUCUUGGAUUCUAUUGUAAAAUGAAAUCGGAUAUAUUGAAAUCAUCAAAUUUUUCAUUAAAAAUUCGUCGUCUAUUCGAUAUUUUACAACAUUCAUUAACAAUGUAUUCUCCAUUUAGUUCAAAACAAUCGUCACAUCGUCUACUAUUACAAAGUGAAUAUGGUAAUAAUUCAAAAUGGAUAGUAAAAACAUUGGAUAUGAACACGGAUGAAAUUAAUUUUCGUACAGCUGAUUUAAAAACCUAUAAUAAAGAAACAAUGAGUUAUUCUAUAAGAACAAUAAUACCCAUUCAAUUACUUAUUUGGUUAACACCGAUAAUAAAGAAUACUAAUAUGAAACAAAUUGAAACAGAAUUUGAAAAACAAUGGAAAAUUUAUACAGAUAAUCUAAAAGAAAGUUUAUUAAUGGUGGAUAAUCGUUUAGUCUUAAUGAAUGCGCCAAUUUUUCCUCAACAACCGUCACAACAAGUUGAUGUUAAAUGGCUUUCACCAAUAGAGAUGAAUUUAAAAGAUGAUGAUGCAAACAAUGAUCGAAUACGUUGUCAACUUCAAGGGAGUUUAACACUACGUGCUUAUCUAACAAUAUCAAAAAUAACUGGUAAUGAAUUACGCCAAUAUUUUAUUGAAGAUUUAUAUCGUACAAUGUUAAUUCGUUUUAAUCUUGCAUUGCUUAAUAAUGAAAAUGAAAAUGAGAAUGAAACCGCUAAUGAUGGUCUAGUUUUGACAAAUAAUCAUCCACAACUAGUUUUACCAAGACGUUUUUAUACAACAAUCAAUCAGAAAAAGACGUUACCAUUAUUUAUUACCGCAUAUCAAUUAUCCAAUGAACCAAUACAAGCAGUAGCCGAUUGUAUUAAAGAAAAUUUUUAUUUAGAACUUAAUGAAGAAGAUUUAGAAGCUGGUGAAGAGUUUCCGUUAGAAUCGACAACAGAAGAAUGUACGAAAAAAUUUAAUACAACAAAUACAAAUGAUAAUGGUGAUACGUCUCUAUUAUCCUCAAAAAAUUCGGUAGAAAAAUUAAUGCAAUAUAUCAGUCAAAAUGUUGUUCUAAUUAUUAUAUUUUUUACAAUUAUUGUUGGUCUAAUUAGUGCUAUGUUGAAGUUGUAUUAA